AUGCAGAUGCUCGUAUUUUGCAUCCAACUCGACCUCACACUGUCGGAAAUUCCGAAAGAUGACAAGCGCGCAUCAGACUGCAGCACGGGGGACCGCCACUUCAGGGUCCGUAUCAUUUCCAAGGUCCAGAACAACCACCGGAGAACUAGCAACACGGGCCACCGCCUCAACAAGUCUUCCCACCGCCUGUGCAACUCCUCCCACCGCGAUCUCCAGGUCACCCACUUCACGGCCAACAUUACGGACCGCCGCCUCAACAGUCCUCCCUACCUCAAGUUCCGAGCUACGCGCCGUAGCAUCUACAGCACCUACCGCCGCAAGCUCCAGGCUGCCCGCCGCAAGCUCGACAAUACGGUGCGCCGCUUCAACACGCCUGUGCUCAGCCAGAAUCUACCCAGCAAGCUUUCCCACCGCAAGGGCACCAAGACAUGCGUUAUCUAG